UCAACUGCCAUUACUUGUCCCGUCCUACAUCACUACAUCUCGUACAGCUCAUCCAACCACGUCCUCCACUCUGCUUCUCCUCGUGAACAAUUUUAUUACCUGCGCUUCCAUUCAUACACUAAAUACCAUACUGUUUUGCCCCCUCUCAGAAUAGAAUUACCCACGACCUCAUCAGGAGCACAAGCCAGCAGCUUCACCUCAAACCAACCUACAUUCUCAACACAAAGCCGCCCAUCGGCGCGCCCCGCCCAAAUGACGCAACCAUGGGACUAUAUCGCAAAGAUAGUAUCACUAGGGGACUCGGGCUGCGGAAAAUCCAGUCUCACAGUUCGUCUUUGUGAAGGUCGCUUCUCACCGCAUCACGACGUAACCAUUGGCGUAGAAUUCGGCUCGCGAAUCGUUCCUGUAGGCCCUCCAGCUUCCCUCGACUUGAACAUCAACAACCCAUCCUCAACAACCCCCGCCUCCUCCACCCCCGCGUCGAAACAGGCGAAAGACCAACCCCAAAAGCACAUGAAGCUAUCACUAUGGGACACUGCCGGCCAGGAAACAUACAAGAGCAUCACACGUAGCUACUUCCGCGGCGCCUCCGGAGCUCUCCUCGUCUUCGACAUUACCCGGAAGAACACCUUUCUUAGCGCUACGAGUUGGUUGAACGAUUUGCGGCAAAUCGCCGAGGAGGGCAUCGUGUGUGUUCUGGUGGGCAACAAAUCCGAUCUCGCACCAUCCUCUACAGUCUCUUCAGAUGAUGCGGACUCAGCAAACAACCGCCAGGUCACAAAAGAAGAAGCCGAGGAGUGGUGUCGCGCUAAUGGAGUUAUGGAGUACGUCGAGACAUCAGCGAAAUCUGGCGAUGGCGUUGAGAGAGCGUUUCUAGAGGUAGCGGAGCGGAUAUACCAGAACAUAGAAGCCGGGAGGUACGAUUUGAAUGACCGGAGAAGUGGCGUCAAAGGCCCAGGGGCUGGAGGCGGUAAUCAGGCUAGGUUGAAUUUGGGGAUGAACGAUGCAGCGAGAGGCAAGAAAGGCCAGCAGGGGUGGAGUGGCGGGUGUUGCUAAAGACCCGUCUUGCGAAUCAGUGUGUUUUGGUCGUCUUGCAUCAUCAACAUAUGGAAAAGCGGAGUUCUAAGGAGGGUGUAUUUCAUCUUUGUCUGUCCAUAAGAAAUCUUGCUUGACUUCUUCUCCUUAGCUUGGACAGUUUCAACUGUAUAUAUUGUAAUCUGCGGCUUUCUUUUGAACAUGAGAAUGCAUUCAAGUACCGCGCUUGAUAAUUUGCAAGCGCGAUACGAAUAAGUAAACUUCAUCACUAAUCACUGAGCGUUCAAGAUGGAUGAUAUUGUCUCAACUCAUAAGACGAACAGGAGUCAACGAUAUCCAUCGUCUCCUCCCUCCUAUCCAACUUAAUGCAUAACCCUCUCAGGUUCCCUUAACUACUCCUUUGCUGACCCACUCACUCCUUCACAUCCCUUUCCCCCCUCUGACCCUCUUCUCCGCCAUAUCCCUCCUCCGUCUUAUCCACACUGGCAGUUCCAAUAGCCGCAUCCUGCUCACGUUCGCUUCCAUCGUCAUCCAUUUCUCCCCUUGUACCCUUUGACUCCUCCCCUUCGACCUCCUCAUGGCGUUCCGUCGUAUCUGCAGUACGCGUACGCAGAUCCCCUCGUCGUCGUCGACGAACAUCCCCUCCCCGCUCAACUAUCCGCGUUGACGCGUCCGACCGCGCAAAUGCUAGCACACUGCCUUCACUGACUGCGUCGGCGAUAUCGUGGGUUGGGGCAUCGACAUCGACAUCCUCAAUACGCUCUUGGGUUCUAUGAUCCUUUCCUUUUACUGUUGGUGCUGUCGAUGUAGAUACCUCUGAUCGUGCGAAUGCUAGUACGCUGCCUUCACUAACUGCGUCCGCGAUAUUGUAGGGUUUACGGUCGGGUUCGUUGACUGCAUCGCCGUCUUUCCCCUUUGGCUGAUUAAGUGUCUGACGAUCUUGUUGAUUGGAACCAUGUAGUGUUGCUCGUGAUGAUGGUGGCGAGGAGUGCGGGCUGGUAGAAUUUCGCUCGGAGUAAAGUGGAUGAAGCUCGCUAGGUUGUCCUUCCAUGUUUUCUUCAGUCUUCUGAUGAUGCUGAAUUGACGGUAGUUUGGGGGCUUGAAUGAGAGAUAAAGCGUUGUGUGUGCGU